ACUGUAUAAAAACGAACUAAAACUGCUUUUUGGUGCGAGCCAUUGGCAGAGAAAUGAUUCCCUGGCCGUCCAGCGCUGCUUUUGCUUAGUUAUCGCUUACUAAAUUAGCUUACUAAUAAAUUGUCACCAGUAUCUAUGACAAUCUUGGUGCCGUGACUUGGAUCCAGGUCUCUUUGGUGCAGAUUCCUGCAGAGAGGGAGGCGCCCUAUCUCCGGAUAGCCCUGUUCUGGGGAAUUCUGUCACUAAAUACUGGAUCUGCGAAUCCCUCUAAAUUACGAUACCUGAGCAAAUAAACCUGCAGGACCCCCUUAAAAUUCGUGCACGAAGACCAGACAAAGACACCUGGGAGAGGUUCUCACAGAGCCAGGACUGGGACACAGAGCAGCAGCAGGGCACCUGUCCUUGGAGACCUUUGGGAGGCACAGCUGAGCCUGGCCAGGAGUGCCCAGGAGGGCUGGUUCUAAUUAAUGUGACUCUCGCAUAAGCAUGCAACAGAAAGAACAAUGAAGGACUAUUCUGCAAAUUCCACGGAACAGGACCUCCCUGAUCCUGAAUCUGGAAGCAAGGGGUGUGAUGGUCCUUCUUUCCAGCAUGAAGAACAUGUAGAACAAGUUGACCAGUUAGAGCCCAAGAAGAAAAAGAAGGAAGAUAAGAAGCCAGAGAAACGAAUGGUUGGCAUUCUUGAAUUGUUUCGCUAUGCUGAUGGGGUGGAUGUCCUGUUGAUGAUAGUUGGUUUGGUCGCAGCGGCUGCAAAUGGUACUGGAAUGCCACUUAUGAUUAUUCUCUUUGGAGAGAUGACAAACAGCUUUGUGCUAAGUGGCAUACAAUCCAAUGACACUUCAGUAAACAGUUCCAGCUGCCCAUCACACCCAGGCGUGGAUAUAGAAGGUGAAAUGACAAAGUUUGCUUACUACUAUACAGCAAUUGGCUUUGCUGUGCUUAUCCUGAGCAUCAUCCAGGUGUGGACAUUUAUGGUUACCGCGGCAAGGCAAACCACAAGGAUCCGGCAGAAGUUCUUUUUUGCAGUGCUCCAUCAGGAGAUGGCUUGGUUUGAUACUACCCAGAUAGGAACACUGAACACCAGACUGACAGAUGACAUCAACACCAUCCGCGAAGGCAUCGGAGACAAGAUCAGUAUAUUUCUGCAGUUUUUUUCCACGUUUGUGUCAGGGCUUAUUAUAGGAUUCAUCUAUGGGUGGAAGCUGGCAUUGGUGGUUUUGUCAGUCAGCCCACUUCUUGCUGCAUCAGCAGCAUUUUGGUCAACUCUCAUGGCUUCCCUUACUGCUAAAGAGCUGUCUGCUUAUGCCAAAGCAGGAGCUGUGGCAGAAGAAAUUUUGACAGCAAUCAGGACUGUUGUAGCUUUCAAUGGACAGAAGAAAGCAUUAGAGAAAUAUGAUGCAAACUUAGAGAUGGCUAAACGUGUUGGAGUGCAAAAAUCCAUUAUCACUAACACAUGUCUAGGUCUUUCACAAUUUUUCAUCUUUGGAUCCUAUGGCCUUGCAUUUUGGUAUGGAACCAAGCUCACUGCUGAGGAUCCACAUUACGACCUCACCCGUGUGUUGAUUGUGUUCUUCUCUGUGCUUAUUGGAGCUUUCUCCCUGGGCCAGGCAGCUCCUAACCUGGAGUCUGUGGCCAAUGCACGUGGGGCUGCCUAUGAAGUAUAUAAGAUUAUCAAUAAGAAACGGCUCAUCGAUAGCAGUUCUAAGGAAGGUUACAAGCCAGACAAACUCGUAGGAGAAAUUGAAUUCAGAAAUAUCCAUUUCAGUUACCCUUCUAGACCUGAUGUUAAAAUCCUCAAAGGUCUGAACUUGAAAGUUCAAACUGGGAAGACCAUUGCUUUAGUUGGUGCCAGUGGCUGUGGAAAAAGCACUACUGUUCAGUUGCUGCAGAGAUUCUAUGAUCCUGACCAGGGAGAAAUUACCUUAGAUGGUCGGGAUAUUCGGACCCUUAAUACAAAGUGGCUACGAGAAAAUAUUGGCAUUGUGAGCCAAGAGCCUGUUUUGUUUGCAACCACAAUAGCAGAGAACAUUCGCUAUGGCAGAGAAGACAUUUCUGAUGCUGAAAUUGAGCGAGCAGCCAAGGAGGCCAAUGCUUUUGACUUUAUAUCUAGACUGCCUGAUAAAUUUAACACCAUGGUGGGUGAAAGAGGGGCUCAGCUGAGUGGAGGCCAGAAGCAACGAAUAGCUAUUGCCCGUGCCCUAGCAAGAAAUCCCAAGAUUCUUCUUCUGGAUGAAGCUACAUCUGCAUUAGAUACUCAGAGUGAAUCCAUAGUGCAGGCAGCUCUUGAUAAGGCUCGGGCUGGUCGUACCACCAUUGUGAUUGCUCACAGACUGUCCACCAUCAGGACUGCUGACACUAUUGCUGGAUUUGAGAAAGGUGUUGUGAUUGAGCAGGGGACACACAGUGAACUGAUGCUGCAGAAAGGCAUCUACUAUUCCCUUGUAAUGCAGCAGGGUUGUGGCAAUGAUGUUCAAGAUGAUGGCACAUCAGAAGAUAGUGAAGGCACAGGACCUGAGGAAUAUGAGGAAAAAAAUCAUAUGGAAGAGCUGAUUCUUCAAGAUCAUUUUGAAACAUCUGUGAUACCAGAGAGAGGCAGCAUUCGAAGAAGAUCCAGCAGAUAUAAGAGCAAGAGGAGGUCAUCUAAAAAUCCCUUUGGAAAAAAGAAGAAAAAAAAGGAGGUGGAGGAAGAAAAUCUCCCUGCAGUGCCUUACCUAAAAAUCCUGGCUCUGAACAAACCUGAGUGUUUCUCUGUACUGCUGGGAAUGAUUGCUGCUGCUGUCAUAGGUGCAGUCAAUCCUACAUUUGCUGUUAUAUUUGGAAAAAUCAUUGGGGCUUUUCAAGAAACAGAUCCAGAAAAAAGGAGUAAAAACACUGUGGUGCUUUCUUUAAUAUUUCUUUUACUUGGAGUGAUUAUCUUAGCAGCAUACAUAAUCCAAGGAAUCAUGUUUGGGAAGUCUGGGGAAGCCCUAACAAUGAGGCUGCGCUCUUUGUCCUUCAGGGCAUUACUUCAGCAGGAGAUUGGAUGGUAUGAUGACCAGAGAAAUGCUGUUGGUAUUCUUCUAACUCGUCUUGCUACAGACGCUUCCCAAGUUAAAGGCGCAACUGGAAGUCGACUUGCACUGAUGACUAUGACUGUCGUUACCCUUGUGACUGCCAUCGUUGUUGCAUUUGUGUAUAGCUGGCAGCUAACUUUGCUUGUCCUGGCCUGCAUUCCUUUUGUUGCUGGUGCAAAUGCUGUGAAUGCCAGCUCUAUGGCUGGCCAUGCUGCAGAAGACCAAAAAGCUUUGGAAGAGGCUGGAAGAAUUUCAACAGAAACAGUUGAAAACAUAAGAACUGUAGCUUCACUGACCAAGGAAGAAGCAUUUUAUGAAAGAUAUGUGGCUAGUUUGAAUCAUACAUAUAGAAAAUCUCUGAAAAAAGCCCCUUUCUAUGGAUUUGCCUAUGGAAUAGCUCAGUGUUCAGAGUACUUUAUUCAUGCAGCAGCCUUCAGAUUUGGAGCAUGGCUCAUUGCUAAUUGUCUGACCAACUUUGAAAACGUAUUUAUAGUCUUCUCUGCUGUCGUGUUUGCAGCUAUGAAUGUUGGUCAGUCUUCUUCCAUGGCACCAGACUAUGGCAAAGCUCGAAUAUCAGCCCAAAGAAUCUUUCAGCUUUUGGACAAAAAACCUCUUAUUGACAGUUACAGUGAACAAGGUGAAAAAUUGAGCCAUUUUGAAGGCAACAUUGAAUUCAAAAACGUUCAUUUUGUAUAUCCAACAAGGCCUGAAGUUCAGGUUUUGCAAGGACUCAGUGUGAAGGUUAAAAAAGGACAGACUCUGGCAUUAGUAGGAAGCAGCGGUUGUGGCAAAAGUACAUCCAUUCAACUCCUGGAAAGAUUUUAUGACCCUGUGGAAGGACAAGUGCUAGCAGAUGGAUUUGACACCAAAUCCCUGCAUUUACAAUGGCUGAGGUCCAGGCUAGGCCUGGUGUCACAGGAGCCCAUUUUGUUUGACUGCAGCAUUGCUGAAAAUAUCCAAUAUGGAGACAACAGUAGGGUGGUUAGUCAGGAGGAAAUUGAAGAAGCAGCUAAAGCAGCAAAUAUUCAUGCCUUCAUUGAAAAACUGCCAGAGAAAUAUAAUACCCGUGUGGGUGAGAAAGGAACGCAACUUUCUGGAGGUCAAAAACAAAGAAUAGCAAUUGCCCGUGCUCUGGUUCGUAAUCCUGCUGUUCUGCUUCUGGAUGAAGCCACCUCUGCUCUUGACACUGAAAGUGAAAAGAUUGUCCAGAAGGCUCUGGAUAACGCCCGGCAAGGUCGGACGUGCAUCGUCAUUGCUCACCGCCUGUCCACCGUGCAGACAGCCGACAUCAUUGUGGUGAUCCAGAACGGCAGGGUGGUCGAGCAGGGCACCCACAGCCAGCUACUGGCAAAGGAAGGACACUACUACGCCCUUGUAAAUGCACAAGUCUCUAAUUAGUGCUACUUGCUGAGUUGGGGUUUUUUAUUUUGUUUUGUUUUUUUUACGGGAAGAUGUGAAAAGCUGUACAGAGGGUUCCUGUUGGCUGUGUCUGUGCUGACUGAGCAGGAACUGUGUUGCUGCCUCGUUGCUGUAUCCAGUGUAGCCUUUGGCCCACACAUCCAUGGGGAUGAGCAGGGCAUGCCUGAUGCUGGGGCACAGAGGGUGUGCAGAGGAGUCCUUGGGACUGAACGAGUUGAGCAGUUGGAGGUGUGUCAGACUUGGUAUAGUCUCACCCACAGCUCAGGUGGGUAUCCUGCUCUCCCUGUCCCCUUAAACCCUGGCCCACUGCAGCUGCCAUAUACCAAGGUGCUAACAGUAUGACAGCAGUUAAGCAUCAUAGAUAAACAACAACCUGGUGCUUGGGGCUGCUCUUUGAGUUUCUUCACCAGCCAGAUGAAGUCAUAAAGUCUUCUUUAUUUAAAGAUGAGUAUCAAUUCUUAUUGAAAACUGAGAUUUAAAAAAAAAAUGCAUUAAAGAGAAGGAUGUUAAAGCAUGGGCUUGGUUUUUUCCCUACUUUAUGCCACAUUUCUCCUAUUACUGUGCUUCACACAUUUCUUGUGUUACCUGGAAAGGCUGACCUGGAACAGAGACUAGACAGAGCAAAAGGAAUAAAAUAAGUAUUUAUUGAAAGAAUAUGCUUUGGGCAGGGCAAGACCCCGGCCGGGGCUACACCCAAAUCAAAUCCAAGGUGGAUCCCAGUCAUGAGUUUAUACACUUCAGUAAGUUUUGGUUCAUCUACUUAUUGAGGUCAAUUAUCCAACCACAGCCCCAGACUAUGAAGUCUCAUAUCCCUGGCUUGCCCCCUUUCCCUCACUGUUUAUGCUUUUUGAGUACCAGUUGUCCUCGAAUCUCUAGCUAGAAAGGAAUUGUUUUGUCUAACUACCCUGUGAAGAGAACUUACUAACACCUAUUAACACCUAAUAUGAAGUUUUAGAGUUACAUGCUAAGCAGCAGAGAUUUUGAAAAAUAUAAAAGCUAAAACCCAAGGCAUCACUUGGAUAUUCAAUACUCUGUUUCAGACAAUAAUUAUAAUAGUUACAACCUUUCCAUAUCAUGAUAAACUACAUAGAAGAUACCAUUUUUUUGUAUUUUUCAAAUGCUAACCUAACAGGGUUGUCAUUCUUUGUAUCCAUCAAGAUAAUUUCAAUAGUUUUGUGGGGAGCUAGAAUGGCAUGGACUCCUAUCAGCCUUGUAAACAGCUUUUCUUUAAAAUACAGGAAAAAGGCAAAGUUAUUUUCAAUAUAACUUCCUUUCUUUUUAAUAGGCAUGGUACUUAGGGUCAUGGUUUAGUAGUGGACCUGAUAGUGAUAGGUUAACAUUUGGACUGGAUCAUUUAAAGGGUCUUUGCCAUUCUAAAUGAUUCUAUUAUUCUAUCAACAAUUUCAAAGAUUUUUUUUUUAAGUGUUGGAAAAGCUUGUUUAUACAUGUGUUUUAAUAAUUUGUUAUUCCUCUGAUACAUUCCUCAGGGUGCUGCAACACAUCCUUUAACUGUUGAAGACUAUGUACUCUGUAGUCAGAGUGACUCAGCAGAUAGGAUUUUUUGGCUGGGUAAACCCAAUUGCAGCAUUUUAAUUUUCCAAGGCUUUGCACGUGGCUUUGGGCUAGGAUUUAUAGCCUGGAGCAACCUGCAGUACUUUAUAAUUUCCAGAUUGUAGCAGACAAACUUGGAGUAAUUACCAUCUCCUUUGCUCAUUUCAAUUAUUUUCCAGCAUCAGGACCUACAAGGGGAAUAAAACACAUAGAACGAAAUCUGAUCUCAGAUUUGCCAAAAUAAAUACAGUUGUUCUCCCUCACAGUUUUUCUCAGAGGCUGUUUCAAGAAGAAUUUUUAUUCAUUCAGGCACCCCUCUUGUGUGAUCUCUUUAUUUUCUUGUGAUAGGCACAUACUAUGGAACUGCUGCCCUUAUUACAUUCCCAAUUAUCUAAUGUGGGCUCAAAUUAAUUCCCUUUUCCCUGACUUGUUUCUGCACUAGAUUUAAAAUUACAAGAUUUUGAUUCUCAAUUUUGAAAAUAAAAAAGGGAAGUAACUUCAGUGUGCAUUGUAUCCAUUCUUUUUGACAUGCUGUGCCUGCCUACUAGCGCACAGAUGGAGCUGGAUGACUUUACUGACUCCAUAAGAUAUAAAUAUAUAAAUAUGUUCAGCUUGCAGGCACUACAAGUAAACUCUGAUAGUUUAUUUCAGAUUAUUCAAGUCACCUUCCUGGCUGGAUAUGCCCAUAGAACCUUCAAACUGGCUAUGCUCUGAUUACAAGCACACCUGAGACAGAAAUGUAUGUCAAAAGCCUAUUUUAGCACUGAGCCCUAUAUGAUAUAGAAAUCAAAAGAAUCAACCCUAACAGAGGAUUUGGUGUCUCCACCAAGUAAACACUCCAGUUUUCCUUCAAAAGACCUUCUAAAUGCCUUCUCUGAAGCCUUCACUCUCUUUUCUAGGAAUUCAUAUCUUAAUAAUUCCAUAGGAGACUUAGAUCAGUGCUGGCAAGUGUCCCAGCUAAGUGUUCCUCUUUUAGUCAUGAAUGAGGCCUUUGGUGUUCCUUGACAAGCACAGGCCAAUGUGUUCCCUUCACCCCUAUCCUUGUGGCAGUCAUUUUAGGGAUGAGAGACCCAGCGACAACUGCAGUGACUCAAAAUAUUGUGGGCAUGUUUGGGGAACACCAGCACAUGUGCAUGAUUAGGGGAGAAUUUUAACUCUGACACCUGAGAUAUAAAGCAGCACAGAACAAACAUUUCAGCAUAAAAAUGUAAUUAUAAGAAUGUUCUGGUUCUGGCCAGGACAGGGUUCGUUCUUGGAUUAGCCAGGAGGGAGCCUGGUCAGGACCCAAAGGUUAUUCUAAACCACCUCAUCACUGCCAGGGGUGGGGCAAAUGGAGUUCCUUCUGGGAAGAAGUGGUUCUCCUUGGUUGAGUAACUGUGGUUUUGUUACAGCAAUGCUCCAGCUUGGCCCCCAUUAAGGCUCAUCUGCAGCCUGCAACCAUGGGCACUCUGCCCAGGGAACUCAGCUUUUCCAAGGAUAAACAAACAGCUUACCUAAGACAAGACAAAGAAAGCUGGAGAGGGACUUUUUACAAUGAUGUGCAGUGUUAGGCCAAGUGAUGGGUUUAAACUGAGAGUGUAGAUUAAGAGGAGAUAUUAGGGAGAAAUUCUUUACUAUGGGGGUGGAAAAGCACUGACAUGCCAGAGAAGAGUGGAUGCCUCACCCUUGGAAGUGUUCCAAGCCAAGGUGGAUGGGGUUGUGAACAAACUGGUCUGUGGAAGGUGUGCCUGCCCAUGGUGGAGAUCUUCCAUGUUCCUUCCAACCCAAACUAACCCGUGAUUCCGUAGAAAACAGAAAAAUUCAGAAAGCUUAUCUGGAGAUGUGGUUGCAUCUUGCUGAAGCAGGAAAUACAGUGGCAGCUUUUCCAAGGUGUUUCCAAACUCUUCUGCUUCUUAAUGGAUUUGGAUAAUAUUAGAGGAAUGUGGUCUGUCAAUCACUAGAACUAUACCCAAACUACUAAUAAAAUGGACAAAACAAUGGAUGAAAGCCUGUACUUCACCUCUUUCUGUGAAUCCUGCUGCUGUAUGCAGACAAACCAGACCUCUGUAAAACACAUAUUCUCCAUGUCUGAGACAUUAAAUCGUUUGUAAGAUCAUCAAUGUAGAGAGAAACAGAUGGGCAACAAGGUCACAAACAGCAUCCAUAGUGUUUCUUCUUACAAAAUGCACUUGAAGGGCUUAUAUUUGAUUUAGUCCUGAUCCUUAGGUACUUAUAAAUGACUGGUAGUUUUAGAUGCACAGGUAGAAGAAUCCAGUUACCUUGUUAUCAUUUAUCACCUUCCAGCUGCCCUAUAUAUAAGCUCCACCACAGAUUGGCCCUGAGAUUUUCCAGAGUUAUGGCUCUCCCUGACUGUUCUUUUCCUCCUCAAGCAUCUUGCCUAUCACACACAACAGAUACUGUACCAUGUGACCUGGUGAAAAACACAAGAGAUGAGAGGGGAAGUGACAAAAACAACAGCAAAGCUAAAGGAUUACUUUCCACAAUUAAAAUUUCAACAAAACAACAACAAAAAUUUCUCAGGAGAAAACUGGUCACUGCAUUCAGUAAAUUAAUCAUUUGCAUUGGAGUGCUUUCAUCUGCCUCUGUGCUAUGCCUUAUUCAGAGUGCAGGCAGCACCUAUCUACCUGAAACCCUAGCAAUUAUCUCAUUUUAGCAUUUUACUGCCUACCUGGUUCAUCAGCAGUUAAGUCCAGAAACUAUUUUCUGAGGCAUAUAUUUCCAUUUGGAAAUAAUAAUUUGUUGUGCCCUUAGGGAAGCUCAGACAUCCGCUGGAGUUAUCCCCCUCCUGCUCAGUGACAUCAGUAUCCCAAGCUCCAAAGCAAACUUGCUAAGCCUUCCUGUAAUUCUCCUGAAGAUGCCAGGUUACUGAAUGCUUUCGCAGAAAGAUGUUUUAAAGUCAUGUUAGCUCAACUAAUAGAUUUUGUGGACUUGUUUAAAUUGACCAAUGUACUUUUCAUUGCACUGCUCUUUGCAUAGGAGUAACAUUCACAUUUCUUUCUAAUCCUUAUGAACAGAAUGUAUUUUUACGGGUCUCUCUGUCCUAUGUUGUCCAAAGCAAAACCUUGCAGCCAAUCAUCCCUGGAAUAGUUCCUUUUGUUAUGUCCUUGACAACCACUAUAAGAAUAUGGCUAUACUCUGUGGGACACUUACCACUUAACUACAGACAUUUGGGUCUGAAGAUUGUCUUUAAAGUGCUCUAGGACAUGCCUCUCCUGUUUCCAAAUGUCUGCCUGAACAGACAGUGAAUUAAAUCAAAAUGCCCAUUUCUUACCAUAAACCAAAAUGAGGAGUAUCGGGUUUUAGUCAGAGUAUGCAUUUGCAUUACAUCAGGUGAAGGGAGUUUUAUCUUUCUUAAAGAGAUCCCUAAGUUAAUCAAUCCUGCAAAUAAUUCUUGGAGAUCCUUACCUAGGCUCACCAGGCAUCUCCACAUAGGCACUAGGGAGCCCAGUCUUGCAGCCAAGUGCUUUGCAGAAGGUGAAGGAUCUACACAGUAAACAAGGGCCAGUUUUCCUCUUCUAGAUAUUAGCAGUGCAAGAAGCUUUGGAGUGAAGGAAAAACAUUCAGGAAACAGGAAAUAUUUAUCCUUAAUAUGCAAAAAUUGAAAGGAAAUGGACAGGUUGCAGAAGAAACAACUUUUAACCAUGACUGGAUUAGGAGCAUCUGCAUUUUUUUCCCUCUUGGAUGGCAUGUGGAAAAUUUUAAACCAGAAGUUAACAUUUUCAGUAACCAAAAUAGCUGAUGUCUCUAACAUCUACAUAUAACGGCUUUUAUGAAAUCACACUAAAAAUGAUGAGUUCCUGUUUUCACAUCUGUUGCUCAUAUGAACAUAUCCCUGACAAUGCAGUGUGUGCAUUUCUUCAAAGCAAACUCAAUCAAAAAACUAUCACUUUAUACAGCACUAAUAGGUUGGGUUAUAAAUCCACUACAAAUGAAUGUUUACUACAAAUGAAGUGGAUAUCAGCAACACUGAGUAUGGAAACAGAAUUAUAAUUAAUGGGUGACUUUUAUUAUUCUAGAACAAUAUGAAGAGAUAUCUGCAAUGUGGUUUAUUUUUCUGUAUUCAGUAAUGUAGUUUGGGUUAGAACAAAUAGGAUUCCUAAUACAGACUUA